AUGGCCAGAGAUAUUUUUUCAUCCAAAAUAGUUGCCCUAAAUUCCCUAGUCUCCAGUAUAUUUAGAAAUACAUUGUCAAUAGACAAAAUGAACGGCAUGGAUGAGAAUAUGAAGAUUCUCAACAGCGGAAAGGAGCUGCUCGAGAUGCAUUAUCAAUACCUGCACCUUGUUGACAGUGAUGAAGACACCAAUGAUGAUGACGAAAAGAGCAAUGAAGGCAAGAAAGAAGAUGAAGAUAAACAUGACUCUACAAGUGAAAAAGAAGAGGAAGAAGAUGAAGAUAAACAUGACUCUACAAGAAUGGUGUUCCUAAGUUUUGUAGCAGCACCUGUUCCUCACCUUACUGCCAAGAGAGACGAGAUGAAUACUACCCAGAUCUACAAGAUGAAAUUCUUAGGAAAAUCAGCGGAACAAGAAAAGAAAGUCAAGAGGGAGGAGGUGGAUGAUGAAGACACCAAUGAUGAUGACGAAAAGAGCAAUGAAGGCAAGAAAGAAGAUGAAGAUAAACAUGACUCUACAAGUGAAAAAGAAGAGGAAGAAGAUGAAGAUAAACAUGACUCUACAAGUGAAAAAGAAGAGGAAGAAGAUGAAGAUAAACAUGACUCUACAGAUAGGGACAAAGAAGAGGAAGAAGAUGAAGACGACAUGAAAGAAUGCCUAUUGUGCGGCUUCCAGCCAAAGACGAAAUAUGCAAUGAAAAAGCAUAUAAAAAAUCACAGGGAUGCUGACAAAUUCCGCUGCACCCAGUGUGUUUUGUUUACAAAAGUCUUCAGAAAGACCAAUGUUUUCCCUAUUGUUACCUUCUGGUAUUGUUAA